ACAACUAAAAACAAACACCAUAAUUGCUAGUUGAAUUUUCCCUACAGGGAUUGAGAGGUGAAAAGGGAGAUAUGGGGAUUCCAGGGAAUCAUGUAAGUUGCGCUUCCUAUGAUUACAUGUAAUAUUAUUUACAGUGCAUUCGGAAAGUAUUCAGACCCCUUGGUUUUUUCCACAUUUUGUUACGUUACAGCCUUAUACUAAAAUGCAUUAUAUACAUAAUACCCCAUAAUGAUGAAGCAAAAGCUUUUUUAUGUUUGCAAAUGCGGCAGGUAGCUUAGUGGUUAAGAGCGUUGUGCCAGUAACCGAAAGGUCGCUGGUUCUAAUCCCCGAGCCGACUAGGUGAAAAAUCUGUCGAUGUGCCCUUGAGCAAGGCACUUAACCCUAAUUGCUCCUGUAAGUUGCUCUGGAUAAGAGCGUCUGCUAAAUGACGUAAAUGUAAAUGUAUAAUAAAAAACAACUGAAAUAUCACAUUUACGUAAGUAUUCAGACCCUUUACUCAGUACUUUGUUGAAGCACCUUCGACAGCGAUUACAGCCUCGAGUCUUCUUGGGUAUGAAGCUACAAGCUUGGCACACCUGUAUUUGGGGAGUUUCUCCCAUUCUUCUCUGCAGAUCCUCUCAAGCUCUGUCAGGUUGGAUGAGGAGCGUCGCUGCACAGCUAUUUUCAGGUCUCUCCAGAGAUUUUAGAUCGAGUUCAAGUCUGGGCUCUGGCUGGGCCACUCAAGGACAUUCAGAGACUUGUCCCGAAGCCACUCCUACAUUUCCUUGGCUGUGGGGUUAGGGUCGUUGUCCUGUUGGAAGGUGAACUUCCGACCCAGUCUGAGGUCCUGAGCACUCUGGAGCAGGUUUUCAUCAAGAAUCUCUCUGUACUUUGCUCCGUUCAUCUUUCCCUCGAUCCUGACUAGUCUCCCAGUCCCUGCCGCUGAAAAACAUCCACACAGCAUGACGCUGCCAUCACCAUGCUUCACCGUAGGGAUGGUGCCAGGUUUCCUCCAGAUGUGACGCUUAGCAUUCAGGCCAAAGAGUUCAAUGCUGGUUUAUCAGACCAGAGAAUCUUGUUUCUCAUGGUCUGAAAGUCCUUUAGGUGCCUUUUGGCAAACUCCAAGCGAACUGUCAUGUGCCUUUUACUGAGGAGUGGCUUCCGUCUGGCCACUCUACCAUAAAGGCCUGAUUGGUGGAAUGCUGCAGACAUGGUUGCCCUUCUGCAAGGUUCUCCCAUCUCCACAGAGGACCUCUGGAGCUCUGUCAGAGUGACCAUCGGGUUCUUGGCCACCUCCCUGAACAAGGCCCUUCUUCCCCGAUUGCUCAGUUUGGCCGGGCGGCCAGCUCUAGGAAGAGUCUUGGUGGUUCUAAACUUCUUCCAAGGCCACUGUUUUCUUGGGGACCUUCAAUGCUGCAGGAAUUUUUUGGUACCCUUCCCCAGAUCUGUGCCUCGACACAAUCCUGUCUCGGAGCUCUACAGACAGUUUGUUCGACCUCAUGGCAUGGUUUUUGCUCUGACAUACACUGUCAACUGGACCUUAUAUAGACAGGUGUGUGCCUUUCCAAACCGUGUCCAAUCAAUUGAAUUGACCACAGGUGGACUCCAAUCAAGUUGUAGAAACAUCUCAAGGAUGAUCAAUGGAAACAGGAUGCACCUGAGCUCAAUUUCGAGUCUCAUAGCAAAGGGUCUGAAUUCUUAUAUAAAUACAAAAAACCUGUUUUUGCUUUGUCAUUAUGGGGUAGUGUGUGUAGAUUAAUGAGGGGAAAAAAUGUAACGUAACAAAAUGUGGAAAAAGUCAAGGUGUCUGAAUACUUUCCGAAUGCACUGUAUAUCAAUGAAUGAAUUCCGGCUUAAAUAUUAAAGUAUUUUGUCCAAUUGGACAGUUGAUUGCCCAGUAGCCUCGGAAGCCCAGUUACAUAGUACUUAAUGCUUGCAAGUGCUAUGAUUUUUCUAUGUGAAACUGUUCUAACCACAUUACAGUGAUUAUUCCAUAGCCUAUAUAAUUCAUAACUGGGAAUAUUUUCCUCUUGUCACAAUGUAUUCAUUUCAUAUUGUAGACUAGCAUUGACUAUGUUCUAAUACACUCAUGUACAGGAGUUGGAUUGGAAAUGUGGAAGUAUGGGAACAACUCUCAAAUUAAAGUUGUGAUUGAAUUGUGAUUAAUCAACAUUACUAAUCAGCCACCAUCACUUUGAUUGACAGGGCUCUAAUGGCUCAUCGGGACAAAAAGGGGGGGUAAGUCUGUCAUUGACUACUGUAAGUUGCUGUAGCCCUGAAUAGCCAAGCAUACGUCCCCAUCUAGAGUAUAGCAAUGUGUGUACUUAUACUAUGCUCUUGUGCAUGCCAGAAAGGGACAACAGGAGACCCUGGUCAGAGGGGACUGGAAGGUCACCAAGGCCAGCCAGGAUUAUCAGGGCAGACAGGCCCGUCUGGGCCUCGAGGACAGAGCGGUGAAGUUGGCCCUCCUGGGCCACCUGGACUAGAGGGUAGACCUGUAUGUAACCCACGAGUACACUCACCCACCAUGCAUGGUCUCACAUUCAACUGCUCUUACUGUACAUUGAUCAACAAUCAUCGUAAUUGUUCCAUCAAUGUCUAUGCCGAUUGUAUGAAUUGACUUAGACAUUUUGCAUGAUGCCAUCAAUUAUGUCAAAUCUCCACAGGGAAGGGAGAUGUCCAAGCAAAUCAUUCAGCAAAUAUGCAGAGAGGUACUUAGAUGUGAGUAUUGAUUAUGUUUGAUAAUUGCUGUAUUCUUUAUACUACACCUAUAUCUGUGCCCCCCUCCAUUGUGUUUUUUAUCCCAGUGGAGAUGCCUUCGCUACUCCUCAGUAACCAGCAGCAGAGUAACUGUGACCACUGCCAAAGCAGGGAUGGGACUCCGGGGGCACCAGGCCCAGUUGGGCCCCAGGGAUCGAGGGGCUUUACUGGGAACCCUGGUUCCAUUGGACAGCCGGGCCAUCCAGGUCGACCUGGGCGUCCUGGGAUGUAUGGCUUGAAGGGUAGGACUCAAUUAGUCUGUGCAGUAUGUACGGUAAACAGUAGAGUAGUAGUAAACAUUGGAUUUGUACUGGAACACAUUGCAUUCUAUUUGUGUUUCCAGGAGAUCCAGGAAUAAAGGGGGAGAAGGGGAAUCAAGGAAGAGCAGAGAUCGGAGAUCCAGGAACAUCAGGGCCUCCAGGUAAAAAUAUAAAUAUGAAAUAUGUUUACUCCAUAUGGUAUGCUACUGCACAUCAAAUUUGAUAUACAGUGCAUUCGGGAAAGUAUUCAGACUCAUUUAGUUUUUCCACAUUUUGUUACGUUACAGCCUUAUUCUACAAUGGAUUCAAUAAAUAAUACAUCUCAUCAAUUUACACACAAUACCCCAUAAUGACAAAGCGAAAACAGGUUCUUAGAAAUGUUUUGCACAAAACAGAAAUGCAUUCUUUACAUAAGUAUUCAGACCCUUUGCUAUUAAACUCGAAAUUGAGCUCAGGUGCAUCCUGUUUACAUUGAUCAUCCUUGAGAUGUUUCUACAACUUGAUUGGAGUCCACCUGUUGUAAAUUAAAUUGAUUGGACAUGAUUUGGAAAGGCACACACCUGUCUAUAUAAGGUCCCACAGUUGACAGUGCAUGUCAGAGCAAAAAUCAAGACAUGAGGCCGAAGGAAUUGUCCGUAGAGCUCCGAGACAGGAUUGCGUCGAGGCACAGAUCUGGGUAAGGAUACCAAAACAUUUCUGCAGCAUUGAAGGUCCCCAAGAACACAGUGGCCUCCAUCAUUUGGUACCACCAAGACUCUUCCUAGAGCUGGCCGCCUGGCCAAACUGAGCAAUCGGGGGAGAAGGGCCUUGGUCAGGGAGGUGACCAAGAACCCGAUGGUCACUCUGACAGACCUCUAGAGUUCCUCUGUGGAGAUGGGAGAACCUUCCAGAAGGACAAACAUCUCUGCAGCACUCCACCAAUCAGGCCUUUAUGGUAGAGUGGCCAGACAGAAGCCACUCCUCAGUAAAAGGCACAUGACAGCCCGCUUGGAGUUUGCCAAAAGGCACCUAAAGACUCUCAGACCAUGAGAAACAAGAUUCUCUGGUCUGAUGAAACCAAGAUUGAACUCUUUGGCCUGAAUGCCAAGCGUCACGUCUGGAGUAAACCUGGCACCAUCCCUACGGUGAAGCAUGGUGGUGGCAGCAUCAUGCUGUGGGGAUGUUUUUCAGCAGCAGGGACUGGGAGACUAGUCAGGAUCGAGGGAAAGAUGAACAGAGCAAAGUACAGAGAGAUUCUUGAUGAAAACCUGCUCCAGAGCGCUCAGGACCUCAGACUGGGGCAAUGGUUCAGCUUCCAACAGGACAACGACCCUAAGCACACAGCCAAGACAACACAGGAGUGGCUUCGGGACAAGUCUCUGAAUGUCCUUGAGUGGCCCAGCCAGAGCCCGGACUUGAACCCCAUCUAACAUCUCUGGAGAGACCUGAAAAAAGCUGUGCAGCGACGCUCCCCAUCCAACCUGACAGAGCUUGAGAGGAUCUGCAGAGAAGAAUGGAGAAACCCCCCAAAUACAGGUGUGCCAAGCUUGUAGCGUCAUACCCAAGAAGACUCGAGACUGUAAUCGCUGCCAACGGUGCUUCAACAAAGUAAUGAGUAAAGGGUCUGAAUAUUUAUGUAAAUGUGAUAUUUCCGUUUUUUUUUUUUAAUAAAUUGGCAAACAUUUCUAAAAAACCUGUUUUUGCUUUGUCAUUAUGGGGUAUUGUGUGUAGAUUUCAUCCAUUUUAGAACAAGGCUGUAAUGUAACAAAAUGUGGAAAAGCUCAAGGGGUCUGAAUACUUUCCGAAUGCAGUGUAUGUAGUAUAAUUAUGUCUAUUUGGUUAUUUAAUCAAGAUAGGAAUUAAAUCAGGACAAUUCUCUUAAUAUUGAUGCGUCUGGGUCACUGCACAGUGCUCCAAUCACGUCCUCAGUCCAAGUUGUUUGAGAGCUCUUUCUGGGAGUCAUUUCAUGUCUAUUGCAACCUGUUUUCCCUCUUCUGCAGAUAAAUACACUGCUAGUCUUUUGUGACCUUAGUUACCCCUAUUCAAUAAAAACUGAUCAAAUAACAGGAUUAGGAGUUGUUGGCAACCAGUAGGAAUUUUUUUGGAACCACAAGAGAAACACCUAAUUUGUAAUUGUCUACUUUCCCAGGUCCAAUGGGUCCUCAGGGAGAUAGUAAACCAGGUCAUCCAGGGAAACCAGGACCCCCUGGCCUAAACGGGGAGGAGGGGAAGAGAGGUAACCCUGGGGUCCCGGGCCAGCCAGGGGUGUGCAAUCUAUCCAUGUGUUACGGUGUCAUGAUGAGGAGCAGGGAUCCUUUUAGUAAAGGACCAAACUAUUGACCCAACAUGGCAGCAGGCAGGCAAUCAAACAGUCUGGAGUUGAUGCAUAGCGCUCAAAGAAAAACAGCAAAUCUUUCCAAUCUCAGGAAGAUCACAUUUUUUACAGUGUUUCCCCUCAGUCACGGAAACAGGAAGUACCUCUUAACAUGUACGGUAUAUAGUAAAGAUAUCCAUGUGCGUCCUUUCAUGAGCUUUCUCACGCCCUGUGUAUACCUGGUUCUAACAUGCGUCCUUUGUCCUGAUCUUGUCUAAAUUCUGGUUGUGCCCACAUUUUUAGACAGGUGUAGACGAUUAAAAGAUGCAUUGUGAUAUGAUUGUGAUCAGAUCUUCCUGACCCCCUUAGAUAGCCAGGAACACAUUGUGUCUGGAUAU